GGUCAACAGACAAAGAUGUUUAGUUGUUGUGUCCUGAUUUUUGGAAGAUCUGGGCUCAAAAAAGCCCAGAAAGAGAAUCUUUUUCGUCGUUGCCGACAUUGGCUCAGCCCUCUUCCCCGAUGCCUCUGGGCAUCUGGCAGGAGGCAGCGAAAGGUCACCUUGCCUGGUUCGGAGCUGAGCUGCCGUGACCCUCUUUCCCUUGCCCGGUGUGAGCUUCUGGAGGCCACUGAGGCAGAGCCAGAGGCGCCAGCUGCAGAGCUCCAGCCGGCGGCAGAAGCAGGGCAGUGGACAGUGGUGGAGGUAGAGCUGGCUCCAGCUCCGUCAAUACCACCCCCUCUAGCGCUGGAGCCAGCGUCCCCUCCCUCAGCAGUGUUGGAGCUGGAGCAAGGGCCCACGUCGGCUCCAGCAGGAGUGGGAGCUGCUGAGCUGGAGUCACCUGGACCAUCACUUCUAGUGGGAAGUCCAUCUCCACCUGUGGCCAUUAAGGAGGGUGAGAAGAAGCCUAACCUCACGGCCUUCCCUCCUAAGCUGGUGGCAGAGCAGUUGACCGUGAUGGAUGCGGAGCUCUUCCGGAAGGUGGUGCCCUCUCAGUGCCUGGGCUCCACCUGGGGCAAGAGGAACAAGCCCGGCAAUGAGCACCUGGCACCCACCGUCCAGGCCACCGUCGACCACUUCAGAAGGGUGGUCAGCCUCGUCGUCACCACCUGCCUCGGGGACCCGAGCAUGACGGCCCAGGACAGGGUGAGGGUGGUGGAGCACUGGAUCCAGGUGGCCCAGGAGUGCGAGAUCCUGAAGAACUUCUCCUCGCUCCGCGCUGUCAUCUCUGCUCUGCAGAAAACCUCCAUAAGCCACCUGAAGAACACGUGGGCGGAUGUUUCCCGGGAGGGCUCGGAAAAACUUAAGGAGCUCUAUAGCCAUGACAAGUCCUUGAGAAGAGAAUUGAUGACCAAGGAGGGGCCCUCCACGUUUGCCCCCCCGGAGAUCAUCCCCCAGAGAGUGCAGGAGAAACAGCAGCAGCAGCAGGGCUGGGCAUAG